AUGCCCGACAUGGGCUCUGAGAAGAUUCUCCCACAAGACGGGAAAAGAAAUAUCCUCAUUACCUCUGCGCUACCCUACGUCAACAAUGUACCGCAUUUGGGAAACAUCGUGGGGAGCGUGCUCAGUGCCGAUGUCUUCUCUCGAUACAACAAAGCCCGCGGAAGGCCGACCCUCUUCGUCUGUGGAACCGACGAGUACGGCACAGCUACCGAAACAAAGGCACUGGAAGAGGGUGUCACUCCCGAAGAGUUGUGUGCCAAAUACAACAAAAUUCAUGCCGAGAUCUACGAAUGGUUCGAGUUGGGCUUCGACAUUUUUGGCCGUACGCCCACGAGACAGCAUACGGAGAUCUCCCAGGAGAUUUUCCUUCAACUCCAAAAAAAUGGGCAUUUGACCGAACAUACCAAUAGCCAGCCAUUCUGCGAAAAGCACGGAAAAUUUUUGGCGGACCGGUUUGUGGAAGGCACCUGUCCGAAAUGUGGCUAUGAUGAUGCUCGCGGUGACCAAUGCGACAAAUGUGGUAGCCUCCUUGACCCUCUCGAUCUCAUCAACCCUCGAUGCAAAGUCGACGGCGCGACUCCGGUUACCAAAGAGACAAAACACACUUAUCUGCGACUGGAUGAGCUCCAGCCCAGGAUCGAGGAGUGGUCAAAACAAUCCAUUGAGAAGGGCGGAUGGUCCAGAAGCGCCAAAAUAAUCACAGAAUCAUGGUUGAAGCAGGGAUUGAAAGAAAGAGGAAUCACCCGGGAUUUGGCCUGGGGUGUUCCUGUUCCUCUGCCGGGCUACGAGCACAAAGUCCUGUAUGUGUGGUUCGAGGCCUGCAUCGGGUAUCCCUCCAUCACCGCCAACUACACCGAAGAGUGGCAACAAUGGUGGAAGAAUCCAGAACACGUCCAACUCUACCAGUUUAUGGGCAAAGACAACGUCCCUUUCCAUUCCGUCAUCUUUCCCGGUUGCCAGAUGGGUUCCGGAGAGAGCUGGACACAACUGCAUCACUUGUCCUCCACUGAAUAUCUCAACUAUGAAAACGGCAAAUUCAGCAAGAGUCGUGGUAUAGGAGUUUUCGGCAACAAUGCAAAGGAGACCGGAAUUCCUCCAGAUGUCUGGAGAUAUUAUCUUCUAAAGAACCGACCAGAAUCAGGCGACACCCAAUUCGAAUGGCGAUCAUUCAUCGACGGCAACAACUCCGAACUCCUCGCCAAAUUGGGAAACUUCGUCAACCGAAUCAUCAAAUUGGUCAACUCGCCCAAAGCUUACUCGGGGGUAAUCCCCGACUUCGACCCCCAAAAUCUCCCUUCAUCUUUCAAGGAGCCUCUGGCCGAAAUUACGGACCUCCUGAAGCAAUAUCUCGCCGAAAUGGAAGCAGUGCGUCUUCGUAAUGGAGUGCUGGUGGCCAUGAAAAUUGCCGAGGCUGGUAAUGGCCUCAUUCAAGCUCACCGCCUCGACAAUUCUCUUGUUGCCAAUGAUCCGACCCUCGCCGCAGCUGUUGUUGGUACGGUGAUCAACCUCAUCUACCUCUGCUCUGCGAUCUUUGAGCCUUAUCUCCCUGCCACGUGUGCUUCGAUCCGCAAGCAGCUUGACGUCGGCUUUUUGCUGAUUCCUUCGGAAGAGGCCAUCUUCAGUGGCUGGCUACCCACAUACAUUCACCCCGGGCAUAAGAUUGGCAAAGCAGAGUAUCUGUUUACACGAAUCGACGAGAAAAAGGCCGACGAGUGGAGAGAAUAUUUCGGCGGUAAUCAGGCGGAACGGGAGAAAAAGAAGAAAGAAGAGGCAGAGCUUGCUGCGAAGAAAGCUGCUCAGAAAGAGAAAGUGAAGGCCAAGAAGGCUGCGCAAAAGGCUGCAGCUGCCGUAGGGGGUGAAGGUGUUGAAAUGAGUGCCAAAGGGGGUAAGAAGGGGAAGCAUCUGCCGAACGGUGUCACGGAAGGAGACGAGGAUGCAGCAGUGGAGAAAGUCGUUGACGGGGUGGCACAGGUGACGAUACCAACUUCCUGA